GAACGGAACAGGUCAGAGCACCGCCAGCAGCCUGAGCGCGCCUUUAAGCCAAGCUGAGCCGAGCCGAGCUUUCGGCUCUGAAUAAUUUGCGUGAGAGUGGUUUUUGUUGCUGGGUGUGCCGCAGCAGUGCGACGUGAACGGGCGAGCGGCCAACACGUAAGCGGCGCGUUAUGCAGUGGAAACGAAAGAGUGAGAGAAACAGACGACAAUAAGCAGCAGCAGCAGCAGCAACAGCAGCAACUCAGGUGUGAAUUGAUAUUGAGGUUAUGUAAGCGUCAGGCCAUAAAAACGCGCAUACAAAACGCUGCUGCAUUGGCCAGGCCACACGUUUGCCAAUAAUUCAAGACACGCGCCUUGCCCCGAUCCACUCCGCACCCCCUUCAGCUGGAGAGAUUCGCAUUCCAAAUGGACGACUCCAAGGCGCAGCCGCAGCAGCAGCAGCAGCAAACUCAUCCUUUGGAAGAUGUGUCCCUCAAUGAGAAUGAUGACGACAAACAGACGCACAAAAAUUGGGUUAAAUUCGAUGAUGAGGCAGACGGCAGUGAAAAAAAUAAUAACAGUAACGGCAGCGAUGCCACACAACAGCAACAGCAACAACAAGAACAGCAGCCGCCGCAGCCGCAGCAGCGGCAAAACAAGUUAGCUCUGCCGCCGCCGCCGUCGGUUGUGAGCAGCAACAACAACAGGCGGGCGCGCUCGCGCAGUCCGAAUCAACUAUCGACAACAACAACAACACCUGUCCAGCGCCCAGCCGUUUCCUCGACAACAGCUGCGUCCCCAGCCCCAGUCCCGGCACCAGGCACAGCCGCAGCCUCGUCGCCGGAUGUGGCGCCCGCUGUUUUGACAACUGAGAGUACGCACGUUAAUCUGAAUGCAUCCGGCAGUGGCAUUGUCAGUGGCAACGUUGCCAGCGGGGCGAGCGGCUCCACCCCGGCCCGACACCCCCAGCAGCUAAUAAACCAAAAAGCAACGGUAGCCUCAGCCUCCUCCGUCCAGGCUCCAGCCUCGUCCUCCAGCCACCAUAACGGCAACGGAGCCCAUGGCAGCAGCAGCACCAGCAUACCGAUGGAUCAGGGCUCCGGCAUGCGCACAAUUGAACUGUCAACGGGUCGCAUCCGUGAGGGAUUUGCGAAUGGCGAUGUGAUUGUCACACUGCUUCCGGCCAACACCAAAUGGCCUUGGAUUACGCCCGCAAUAUUUCGUCCGGAGCUGGUGCCGGAGGAGUUGAUGGCCCAGGGUCUGACGCUCACAGUGGAGGACUAUGUGAAUGCGAUGGAGACGCUGGUGAAUGAUUACCGCUUCACCGUGUACAACAUUUGCUACAAGCGCAUCCUCGUCUGUUGGAUCCUGUUCGCCUUCACAGUGCUGCUGGCGUUGCUGUUCUCGGGACUGCAGGGCGUGGCCCUGUUCGCACUGGGCGUGGGCUGGUUAUUCUUGAAUGCGGCGGCCAUAUUCCUGUGCAUGUGGGUGAAACUGCGGCUGUCGCGCGGCCUGGAGAAGUGCCUGGCCCGGGUCAACAAGCAGCUGAUGCGUCACAAAAUACUCCUGGUGCUGGAUGACCGAGGCCGCAUCUCGUGCCACAAGGUCAACCUCUGCUUCAUGUACUUCGAUGCCACGCAAUGCGUGAGCUUCCUCAACGAGUUCCUGGAGCACACGGAGCAAAACGGCGGCGAGGCCAUCAAGGCGGGCUGGGAGGCCAAGCUGGACAUUGAUCUGAACGAUAUUGUCAUUCAGGGCAGUCAGCCAGUGAGGAUGCCGCGUAAGCAGGAGCGCGGACUGCAGCUGUUUCUGCGCUACGGCUCCCGUUGGGGCAUGGAGGCGCUGCGGGGCCUGGUGGACGUCACGCCCCUGGAGCCGGGCCGCCACUGCGGGCAGUUUCAGUGCCCCUGCCAGUACAUCAAAGAGCACUUGCAGUGCAAACCGCGAGGCAAGUUCAAGUGUUGCAAUUUUGUCCAUUGGGUGUUGGCAUCUGAGCGCUACGAUAGCUAAACUGUUUUCUAAAUGUGAAUUUUUGCCGUCCAUUGCUGUACAUUUAUUUGCCAUUGUGUCAUUGUGUAACUAGAGAAUUUAUCGUGUACUACGUGAUGGCGAGGCCAUGCUGGAGAGGCUUUGUGAAUUUAUUUUUUGUUUUCUCCUACUUCUGCAUUAAUCGGGCAUGUAAAUAUUUUGGGAAUACAUAAACAUAUAUCUUUUCGGAUAAGAUCAGAAAAUACCAACAAGCUACCAAAACAUACAUGUAGAGGCUGCCAGUAAAUGAGGCUAAAAAUACUUCCAAUAAUACAUUCAUGCAAGUGAAAAACUCUCUCUCUCGUUUCAGAUGUUAGCCCCUAAGGCUUCGGUAAUGUUUUGUAGUUUUUGGUAUUUUUUUGGUGCAAUCAACACUCUUAAUACCUCCCUAACUCCCACCUCCCCCAACUUUAUAUGUGUACAAAAUUAACUCGAAUGUUUUCUAAAUUUGUUGUUCAACUAUGUCUCUUUGAUGCCUGCCACAGUCGCCAUAAACAGCAUUGGUCAAGUAGUUUGGACACGGUUCCCCUUGUUUGGUGGCUAGGUGUUGGCACAGAUACCACAAGUACCCUGACCUUGACCCACAACACACACAGUUUCGAGUAUGAACCAAAACUAAGCCGUUUCGAUAUUAUUAUUUCAAAAAUUAUACCUAAUGUUAACCGAAUGCAAAACGAAUGAAUUUCUUAUUAACGUAAGCACUGUAAAAAUGUUCCAUUUCUACUAUAUUUUGUUGGUGUCAUGAAUAAAUGUCAGAUAUAUGUAUGUA